UGCACGAAAAAGCCGCAUCACUACUUGGACAUGAAGGCCAAGGUGAAAUCCGUGGCCUCGAAUGGGAAGGACGUGAGGGUCGUGAUGCUCGAGGGUGAGAAGAAAGAUACCGUGACCAGCAGGAAGAUGGACGACCUGCGCUACCACGCAGAGGACGAGGUCAAGAAGCCGGAGGCCCCGCCCAUGGACCCGGCGACAGUAUUCGGCGAGGAGGCCGCGGCGGCAGCGGGCGAGGUGGCGGGCGCGGGGGCGGCCGAGGCCGGGGGGCGGACGGCCUUUCUGGCGGCGGCGGUGGCCAGCCCCCGCUUGUGGGCAGGCGACGUCGUGGCCCCCGCGGCCCUGGCAGGCGACGUCGUGCUCGUCCUCGGCGUGGCGUGCAUCGACCGGGCUUAUCUCGACCUGAUCAAGGGCAAGGACCUGUGCUCCUCCGAGGGUGCCAACAUGGUGCCUUACGACUCUUCGAAGUUCGCAGUGCUUCGCGGCUCGGUUGAGCCUCGCCCUCUACGGCCUCGACUCCCGUCCGAGGCUCGCAGGCUGCUGGACCACGAGGGGCAGACUAUCUACAGGGCCGCCGCGGACAUCGACCGGCCGGUGGAUGCUGGUGAGACUCCGCAGAUCCGCCCGUAUUGGGACGCCAGCCUGCGCUUCAGCUCGACCAUGUGGAGGAUUUUCACCCGGGCGCUGCGCAGCCUCAUGCUUGUCUCCUUCCGACGCUGCAUCGCCCACCGCGUCGGCUGCUUCUUCGCGGCCAAGAAGAAUGGCGACAUCCGCCUCGUGAUCGACGGCCGCGAGCCCAGCGGUGGGUUCUACCAGUUCGUGGACCAGGACCUGGCCUCACUUCGGCUUCGACUUCUUGGGGGGGGGGGGGGGGCGCGCUGGCACGGCUGCGCCCGCGUGCUCGACGAGACCUCGCAGUCCUUCGGGCCCGCGAGCGGCGACUCGCGCGUGUGCCUUGCGUUUUGUGGCCUGCCCAUGGGCUGGUCCUGGAGCUUCUACUUCUGCCGGCAGGUGCUCGGCAGUGCCUUGGAGGACGCCGUCGAAAUUGAUGCUGGUCCGUGCCUGCUUCGCGAGGGACACUCGCGGCCAGCGCUGGCCUUUGGCCGCCCGCUCGUCGCCCCCUACGUCGACAGCGGUGCCCUGAUCGGCUCGGCGCCUGCAGCUGCCGCGGCGCUGGAUACCCUUCGGGAUCGGCACCUCGCCCACCAUGAAGUGGUUGAGCCUGCCGACGUCGCUGACGUUGUCAGGCGCCUCUACUUUGCGCUGGAGUACCUCAUCAGGCGCGUGGUGGCCUCUGGCCACGCUAUGCGGCCUGCCGCAGGGCGCGUGGUGAACCACUUCAUGCUGGCCCGCGGCGCCGUGGCUGCGCUGGAUCACGUCUACGGCUUCAUCGUGGAUUUCGGGCCGGGGACUGGCCGAUUUUCAGUUGCCCUGACAACCGAGCUCCGCGCCAUUAAUGGGCUCGUCUUCUUGUGUCAGGCCGACCUCGCCGCGCCGUGGAGCAGGGUGGCCUUCGCGUCGGACUCCUCCAUGCUGGGCUACGCUUUGCACAUCGCGGCCGUCGAGCCCGACGAGGUCGUCCGAGCCGCUCGCUACAAGGAGCGCUGGAG